AUGACAAGUGAAGGCAGAACUACCCCCUAUGGAAGGAGAGGUAUUCAAACGCAUUACUCAGCUGCCGGUCCCGUCACUCUCAGACCAACGGGAGAUGGAUCAAGUGGCACCACAGCCCAAGAGCUUCCAUCCGACCCCGUCUCAUCUAUCUUUUACUGGUCAGUAGACACUACCAACUUGUUGGUUAUUGACAAAGUAUCGUUCGACCAUGUUACAUGGUACGGUACGAAUAUCGACGCCCGUAGAGAGAUCGAUCAAGUUGCAAGGGAAUGUACCAAGUCUAGAGAUCUGAAUUGGUCUUGUUAUAUGGCUUCUACACAUUUUUAUUCGGGUAAAGACGAGGAAUGGGCAAUUUCUCAAGAUAUCAUUUCAGCUUACGAAAAGAUAGCUACCGAAUGUCAAGACCGAAAUCAACGAGAGAGAGAUCCUGAAGCGGAGGAUAUCAGUCGAUUUUUCUGGCCCAAGCAAAACGAUCCGACUACUAUACAAGAUAUUCGACGAAUUAAAGGUCAACUCGAAGAGGCAAAGAAUACGCCGCCACUUGCUAAUGGACUUUUAGUCUUGGGCACUACGACUGAUCCCAUGAAAAGCGGAACUUCAUGGAUAGGAACAUCUGCAGAAGAAGCGAUCACCGAUUUCAAGGUAUUGGUAUCUCCUGAUGAAUCUAAUGGAUUAUUCUACAAACAUAAGAAAAGUAUACUAGAUAAUUUGGGAAAUACUUAUUGGAGCAGGAAGGUGUCUAACGAUCUACCUAGUUAUACUGAGGCUUGUCUAUUGGCAGAGGAGUAUACGGGAUGUGAAGUUAUUAAAGUUUGGGAUAAGACAUUGGAGGAGAUGCAGGCGCUAGAAAGAGUGACUUUGACUUCGCCCAUCAAUGGUAUUGGUCGAUCGUCUGGAGAAAUCGUAGAGUCGCUGAAGGAUUCUUGGGAUUGGUGA